AUGGCUGGUUGGAGGCCUACGCCUGGCAUUCUUUCAACAACUGGCCGCGGCCUAAGGUCUAUGCAACUCUCCUCAUCGACCAUCCGGGGUGCUUCCAAGAUGGCUCCCGUCUGGCUACAGCCCUACCUCAAUCAUUCGCUCGAAAAGGAAUCACCCAAACUCUAUGCUUGGGGCCUGUCCAAUUUGGAAGACCAACACGUAGUCUCAAACCCAUCAGCUAGCCGGCGGGAUGGCUCGAUAUCUCGUCAACAACACUGCAGCCCCCGACAGCGCAUCUACAUUCUUGGCGUUGGAAACCUCGGCAUUCUUUUCGCCAGCUCGCUUGCAUCUCUGUCGAAUCCACCGCCGAUAACCCUCGUUGUUCAUCGCAAAGAUCUUCUCGAGUCAUGGAGACAGCAACCAGGUAUCGAGAUCACUCGAGGAGACUUUACGCACAAGCAUUUAGAUUUCGAUGUUGAGCUAUGGUCCGAAGAAGAACCGCCUAUUGGUCCGACAAGAGAGGUUGCUGAUGGACAGGGGAUUCCGAAUCUCAUCGUCACAACGAAGGCAUCCCAGGCUCUUCCGCAGAUCGAUCGAGCACGUCGCUAUCUCAAUGACCUCUCCACGGUAGCUUUUGCUCAGAACGGCAUGUGCAAACUUUGGCCACCUCAUGGCGAUACUUACAUAACUUCGCGGUACUUGGAUGCAUCUGCUUCUCAUCCCAAUUGGCUGGCUUGCGUGACAACUCAUGGAGUAACUUCCUUGGGCCAGUUCAAGAGUCUCCAUACCUCUGAGGCAGACCUCAAGGUUGGCCUUGUUUUCCCUAACAGCUUUGCUGACAGCGCCUCUUAUUUAUUAAAUCUAUUUUCUCAAUCACCUCAUCUCAACGGUCACGUUGUGGAACGUGACGAGCUAUGGAUCCUACAGCUAGAGAAACUCGUCGUCAACUCCGUCAUCAACCCGCUGACCGCCAUUCUUCGAUGUAAAAAUGGCGAUUUGUUCACCAAAAAAGAUGGAGUGAUUGCGAAGCUUAUUGAUUCUUUGUUGAUGGAAGCGAGCAAUGUCCUUCAAGCCUUGAUCAAGGACCGGAGCACCGAAUCUAUCCUGCAGAUAGUCCCUAGCAUGACCUCGCCAACGGAGGACGAGAUGACUCGCAAGUACGGACGUCAGCGCCGCGACCUCUUGGAUCGCUUUUCCGAGGAAAGACUCAAGGAUAUGCUUUACAGUGUUGGACACAAGGUCAGAGACAACACAAGCUCGAUGCUUCAAGACGUUCGUGCUGGGAAACCAACCGAAGUCAACGAGUUCAACGGAUGGCUUGUUGAGAUGGCUGCCUAUCUUGAGGGUGAAAUUGACGUUGUCCACCACAAGAAUCUCGUCAAUCUCGUAGAAAGUGGCACUGUGCUGAACGAAGAGUCUCUCGGCCAGCAUUUUUCCAACCUGACAGACUAUAAUUAG